AGAAAGCAAAAACAAAACGCUGAGAUAUUUUGUUACUUUAUGAUUGGAAAACAGAUCUGUGGAUUUGGAAGAUUGCUGACUUAAAGAACUCAAAGUGGAGUAUAAAUAGUUUCUAAAAAGGACACUGACAACUUCAAAGCAAAAUGAAGUUCUUUCUGUUGCUUUCAACCAUUGGGUUCUGCUGGGCUCAAUAUUCACCAAAUACUCAAACAGGACGGACAUCUAUUGUCCAUCUGUUUGAGUGGCGCUGGGUUGAUAUUGCUCUUGAAUGUGAGAGAUACUUAGCUCCAUAUGGAUUUGGUGGUGUUCAGGUCUCUCCACCCAAUGAAAAUAUUAUAAUUAACAGCCCUUCUAGACCCUGGUGGGAAAGAUACCAACCAGUUAGCUAUAAAUUGGAGUGGAGAACAAGCAGACUUGUGGAAGUUACUUUGACACCUGGAAAUAGGAAAUUUCAGCAGUUCCUUAUUGGUUGGGACUUUAAUGAUGGUAAUGAAAAACUGGAAGUGGAGGAAAUUGGGGAGAGCUAUAAUGAUGCUUAUCAGGUCAGAGAUUGUCGUCUGGUUGGUCUUCUUGAUCUUGCCCUGGAGAAAGAUUACGUGCGUUCCACUAUUGCUAACUACAUGAACCAUCUCAUUGACAUUGGUGUGGCAGGUUUCAGAAUUGAUGCUGCCAAGCACAUGUGGCCUGGAGACAUGAAGGCAGUUUUGGAUAAACUGCAUAACCUAAACACAAAGUGGUUCCCUGAAGGAAGUAGACCUUUCAUUUACCAAGAGGUAAUUGAUCUGGGUGGUGAGGCAAUUACAAGCAGUGAGUACUUUGGAAAUGGCCGUGUGACAGAAUUCAAGUAUGGUGCAAAACUAGGCACAGUUAUUCGCAAGUGGAACGGAGAGAAGAUGUGUUACUUAAAGAACUGGGGAGAAGGUUGGAGUUUCAUGCCUUCUGACCGAGCACUUGUCUUUGUGGAUAACCAUGACAAUCAACGAGGACAUGGAGCUGGUGGAGCAUCUAUUCUUACAUUCUGGGACUCUAGACUUUAUAAAAUGGCAGUUGGAUUUAUGCUUGCCCAUCCUUAUGGAUUUACACGAAUAAUGUCAAGCUACCGUUGGCCAAGAUAUUUUGAAAAUGGAAAAGAUGUUAAUGAUUGGGUUGGGCCACCAAAUAAUAAUGGAGUGAUUAAAGAAGUUACUAUUAAUCCGGACACCACUUGUGGCAAUGACUGGGUCUGUGAACAUCGAUGGCGUCAAAUAAGGAACAUGGUUGUUUUCCGUAAUGUAGUUGAUGGCCAGCCUUUUACAAACUGGUGGGAUAAUGGUAGCAACCAAGUUGCUUUUGGAAGAGGAAACAGAGGCUUCAUUGUGUUUAACAAUGAUGACUGGUCCUUAUCUUUAACUUUGCAAACCGGUCUUCCUGCUGGAACAUAUUGUGAUGUCAUUUCUGGAGAUAAAAUUGACGGCAAUUGCACAGGAAUUAAAAUCUAUGUUUCCGCUGAUGGCAAGGCUAAUUUUUCUAUUAGUAACUCUGCUGAAGAUCCAUUUAUUGCAAUUCAUGUUGAAUCUAAAUUGUAAAAUUCAGAUUAAAUACAUAUCUCAAAUCAAUAA